AUGGAGAAUCCCCAUGAAGAACAACAAAAUGCAUUGAUGGCACGCAUUGUAACAAAUGUGGAGAAAUUGAACGAAGCUAUUAUGGAGUUUAACCGUUGUAUUCAGGAAAUUAAUAUGGCCAAUAUGAAUGUUGAACUAAUUUCACAAAUGUGGGCAAAUUACGGACGCAAUGUUCGGUUUCAUUUGGAAGGAACAAAUCAGCUUGAAAAGCCUCUCUAG